AUGUCCAGCCCCCAGCCACCACCCAAGUAUCAUGAGCCGGUCCAGGGCACCGUCUUCCACGGCGACGGCCGCGAAGAAGCUCUCCUCAAGCAUCUCAACUCCCUUCCCGAGCUAUCGGCGGACCAAACCGCCUCCCUCUCUCUCCAGGACAAGAGCCAGCGGGUUUUGGAUGCGAUCCAUGAGUUUGGGAAGCAGGAGAAUAGCUAUUUGAUGAGUGUGGGGGAUACGAAGGGGCGGAAAGUCGAGGCCUUGAUCAGUGAGCGGAAGCCAAAGUUGAUUCUCGAGCUGGGGUCUUAUGUCGGGUUCUCUGGUAUCUCCUUCUCUCGCCAACUCCCCUCGCAGCACCCCAACUCGGUCUACCCACACGAAUGGACUUCCAACCCCGAAGAAGACCGCGCAGGAUACAUCUCGCUGGAGAAGAGCGAGGUCUACGCCGAUACGGCCCGAGGGGCGUUCAAGCUCGCAGGUCUCGACAAGGUCGUCAAGAUCGUCACUGGAAGCUCUACCACCUCGCUCAAGAAUCUUCGCAAAACCCUCAACAUGCCUCGUCCGCUAAAGUUUGACAUGGUGUUCCUGGACCACCUCAAGCCGCUCUACACCAUCGACCUGAAGGUGAUGGAGGAGGAAGGACUGGUCGGUCCGGGAACCGUCCUCGUGGCCGACAACGUCGUCAAGCCCGGAAACCCUCCUUACCUCUCCUACGUCCGCGCCUCCCCCGUCUCCAAGCGCGCCAUCCUUUCGCAGACCCGCCCCACCUCUCAACCCCCCAUUACUCCCAACCCAACAAACGAGUCCGACUGGGACAGCGCGUUCAAGAAUGGGCCGAUCGACGAAACGCUCUGGGUGCCGGAAGAGGCGGAGGGAGUGCAGGCGGACGGUGAUCCAGGGUUGGUGUAUACCAGUCAGAUGCUGGAUGGGUGGGACCCGUAUACUGGGGAGAGGGACGCGUGCGAGGUGUCGGUGUGCACCGGAAGGGAGGAUUAG